AUGACGGAUCACACCGGUAACGACGGCUGGCAAGGCCUUCAGCUUGGCUUCGUCCCCAUCAACCAAGCAGACUCGCCUCCUGGAUCUAAGCGACGCCGGGCGUACUUAUCUUGCGAACGUUGCCGUAAGCGCAAGACUCGCUGCGAGCCAGCACCAGAUCAUAAGCAGCCGUGUAAGCGAUGCUCAGCAGACAAUCAACUUUGUGAAUUCAGAGCGUCGCGACGCACCAAACGAAGGUUGUCGCUUCCAGCUGAAACCACUGAGCCAGUCUCGCGUGACAAUGACACGGGCACCGAUUUCGGCAUCCCUUCUUUGACACCACUUGCGUCUCGAGAUGUUCCAGUUGGUCCCAUUGAGAGACAGUAUGUAGAUGACACACCCGUCACCGACAAUUCCCAAGAUCCAAGAUCGCCAACCGCACUCGACGCAAGAACACGGAUUAUUUCUACUCAUAUAAGCAAUGCAUCAGAUGCACUUGAUCUUCUCACAUUCGCUGCAAGCGGUACCCACGCCUACAACAACCCUUCUGCUACGCCUAGCCACGAAAGCCAAGUCCCAUCUAUCACUUCCCCGACUGUUAUCUCAGAUGUGGCCCUAGGUCGGGACAGAGUAUGGAAAGGCUUCUCCCUCAUCAGAAAAGGGAUAGUAUCCCAACAAGAAGUGAUGAUCUACCUAGGCUUCUUCUUCGACUAUUUAUGGCCUCUAAAGCCAGUUGUACCCUCUUAUUACCGCGAUCGGGCCACCUAUGGCCAGCUUGUUGCUGAGGAGCCUCUUUUGGUGGUCUGUCUCGUCACACUCUCCUCCAGAUACUUCCCACUGCCUGGAGACCAUGGCGAGAUUAGGUCUGAGCGUAUACACUGGCAAGCGUGGAGGAUCCUACAGCGAUCCCUGCAGUCCGUUAUGUGGGGAUCCACGACGACGCGUUCGCUUGGAGCGAUAGCGUCGAUGCUGCUUCUGAUUGACUGGCAUGUAAAGGCGAUUAAUAACCCCUCCGACUUCACAGAAGGAGAGGACGAAGUUAAUGAUGAUUCCGAUAGCCAUAGUUUCAAGCUUUCGUCUAACAAUACAGACUUACUUACUGGAUCGCGACGAUAUGGGAUGGUAUCGCUCAUGGAAAGGCUGAAUAUUGUAUCACCGGCAUAUCGAAGUAACAAGAUGUCAUGGAGUCUUCUUUCCAACGCUAUUGCUUUAGCACACGAAGGCUGCUGUUUUCACAGCGAAUCCUCCAGCUCCAGAUUUGUCCCCUCCAAUCGAGAUUCUGUCAGAAAAGAGUGGAAUGGGCUUCUCUGCGUGUUCAUAUACCUUGCAGAUGAAAGCCUAGCGACUCGACUGGGUCUUGAGCCCUUGUUGCCUGAAAAGUCAAGACAAAUAGUCAAAGACCGAUUCGCAACGACAUUCACCGAAUUUUUACCAGACAGUCAUCUAUGGGAAGGCUAUUAUGAACUCUCGAUAGAGACUCGAAAGGGAAGAGAUUUCUUGCUGUCAUUGAAAUCCAGAGACGGGUCUCUUUCCAACUUGGAUCUUGUGCCUCAAUUGGAACGCUUGCGGAGGGCUCUGCAUCGCUGGAGACGGCAGUACUAUCAUCAAGAAGAUGUCAACUCAUUACUGAACGCAUGUCUUCUUAUUGAAUUCUACUAUAUAAGCUUGUUCUGCUUUGCCCCGGCAGCUCAAGCUAUCCAAACCGGUUCCACCUCUUUGCCGCAAGAAACACUUCAAGCCUUGUCUGAGUUUGAAGAUGAAUCAACACUAGCCAGCCACGCACUUUUAUCCAUAGUUGUGGGUUUUCUGAGGCCUUCAGGGCUCAUCAAAUAUCUUCCAGUUCGAUGUUGGCUAUUCAUUGUUGCUGCAAGCCUCCAUCUCCUCAAGGCAACUCUAACAAGGACCAAAGACGUAGGUCGGGCACACCCAAACAUCCAUCUUCUAUACCGCGUUAUCAAUGCAGUCCACAAUGGCUCCCCAGAUGACUCGCAUAUGGCAAUCCGAUAUGCCAAGUUUCUAGGCAUCAUGGUACAAAUAGCUGUCCCUGCUGCGUCGAGCAGCUCCAAUGUAGCACCAAGAACGGGACCCGGGGAGGAUAGUAAUGGUACUGAACACCAGGUGAGGGACGGAAUCGAGGAAGUUGCCUAUCCUUAUACGUUUAAUGAUGUGGCAGUUGAGGGUAUAAGUGAUUGGAAUGCUCUUCUUGACUUGGACUUGGCUCCAGAUCUUUUUCUGUGGUGGGAGUCUAUGCAUAGCUGA